GGGAAAGGCGGGAAGGGACCUGCCGUGCAAUCGCGGGGCUGGGGCGGCCCACAGCGGCGAAGGAGCGCGCUGCGGGCAGCUCUUCCUGCCCCUCCCAGCAGGGCCGGGGCCAGGGCAAGAGCGGGAGAGACAUGGAGGAGGAGGUGGAGAAGGCCGGGGCUGAGCCCAGGCGGCGGAGGAGCCGGCGCCACUCUAGCGGGCGUCGCAGCUCGGAGCGAUCGCCGAGUCCCGGCCGGCUGGACGUGAGCUCGCCGCACUUCGACCCGCUGCUGGCGCUGUACUCGGAGCGCACCCCAUUGCCUUACCCGGCCGCGCCCUGCUUCAACAAUUUGGCCGAGUACGAGAGCUUCCAGCGAGGCCUGCACCACGCCCCGGGUCGCCCGCGAGCAACCGCUGGCCGCAGCAGCCGCUCCGCCGGGACGCGUGCUCGGAGCCGGGCCGGUCGGGCCGCCGCCGACCCCGAACGCCUACAGCGGCUCCGCAACCUCAUGCUGGUCAAGGAACCCACGCCAGAAGCGGCGGAGAGAGCGAGGGCGCGGGGCAGGAGGGCGCCGCGCAACGUCCUCACCAAGAUGCCCCUUCAUGAAGGCAGUCCACUUGGGGAACUCCACCGCUGUGUCCGUGAUGGUGUCAAGGUCAAUGUGCAUAUCCGGACUUUCAAGGGGCUUCGUGGUGUCUGCACUGGAUUCUUGGUGGCAUUUGACAAGUUCUGGAAUAUGGCCCUGACUGAUGUAGACGAGACAUACCGAAAACCAGUGCUGGGUAAAGCUUUCUAUGUGGAGCCACAGUUGACCCUCACCAGACUCUUUGACAGACUGAAGUUACAGGAGUCCUUGGUUAAAAAAGAAGCCGACUUAAAGAUGACUACGGAUUUGCCAGCCCUUCCAUAUGACCCAAGGACAUCAAGGAGGAAAUCUGAGUCAGGUAGGGGAAGAUCAGAGGAGAAACAUGGAGCAAAGAAGCACGCCAGCAGAGAGAGGACACGAAGCUCUAGUUUGCCGAAAGUCUCUGGGAGAGACACAGAUUUGCCCAGCAGAAUCUCCCAAGUAGAGAAGAGCCCAGGUGGCAAAAGGGGCCGUUCCCGAAAAAGGCAGAGGUCCAAAGUGGAUUAUCAGCAAGUGUUUACAAGACACAUAAACCAGAUUUUCAUUCGAGGAGAAAAUGUCCUGCUUGUUCACUUGGCACAUUGAUCUCAUUGACUGAUUUCAGCCAUAGCAGCUCAGUGGUGAAAAGAAACAGUAUUUUAAUUCUUUUUUCCUUUUGGCCAAAAGAGAGAAAGGAUUAUAGACCUAGAGACUUGAGCCAAUGGUCUAUUUGAGUGGACUGGAAUUGAUCUACAGCUGAUGCCCUAAACCUUGGGAGAUACACAAGCUGUGUGGCUUUCAAAAUUGUACUGCUUGGAUAUGGAGCGACUUUCAUUAUACAGUAAAUAUUUAAAAUCUGCAGCAUAUACAGCUGGCUAAGUAGGUCUGGAAAAGGCACGUGGUCGUGGCAUUGAUACUUCCAUGAGAAAUGUGAACUGAGUUAAGGGACAGAAUGCUGAAAGCUUGUGAAAAGUUGCUGCAGCUGUAGGAAUUAGCUUGCUUGAAGCCAUCUCCCCCUUCUCCAUACACUAUGCACGGGGGAGGGGCAAAGGACUGGUCCAGCUUUGCAUUGCAGGCCCUUAAGAAGUCCUAUUAUCAGAAGAUGAAUGGAAAGAAAAGAGUUUGCAUUGCAUCUACUGUAAUUUGAAAAAACUUUCCUCAGCAGUUCAUCUUUUUUUUUCUUUUUUGGUGACUGAAAGAAGUGUUUGACCUUUUGUUUGGUAUUUAUAAAAACGGGGCCUUCCACCCAAUUUUCUCUAUUUGUUUUCCUACUCAUUUCUACCUGCAAACAAUAUGUGUGGCUUCCCUCGUUUGAGCUUGUUUCAGUGUAUUUUUCAACAAUCCAGAAAUGAUAGCUGUUUUUCCAUCCGUUUUUGUGUCUUAACAAUAAAGACUAAGAUAUACAUAUGCAGCUUAAAAAAGGAAAUAUUCAAUGUAUGCUUGGUGUUGCUAUGUACUAUCUGGUGGCUUUUGGAAUCCGAUUUCCCAGCAAUUUUUAGUAACUACAGAAAAUAUCUACUUGCAAUAUCCACUAGGAUUUUUCCAAUUCUUUUCUUGGCUCUCAGUGAUCCUUUUCAGAUGCUGCUUGUUCUUGAGAAGCAUGUUUAAAACUGCUGAAAAGAAUGCAUGAUGAUUUUUCCCCAAAAUGGUGCUAUUUGCAGCACCUCUGUAUCCUUCAGCAUCUGUCAGAAUGGUGCAAAUGUAACAAUGCAUGUCCAUGAAAAUGUUUAGGGCACUAUAAAAUAGCACCUGUGUUAUAGGGAAUGGGUUGAACAUAUCAGUAGCUAGAGCAGAUUUCCUUUAGUAGGAGAAAUGCCAUGAGGUCUUUUACAAUUUUAUUAAAAUUGAAUUCCAAAGCAUCUAUAAAAGCAUAAUUAAUAUAAUACAUUUGGUUAGUCAUUCUGCAUUUCUAAAAUAACUGGAAAACCUAAUGACUGAGUUUUAUUAAGCAAAGGUCAGUUGUGAUAUAUUUUUGUCUGAAUGGCAAAACCAACUGUAAUUUGCCUAAUAUUCUCCAAAGGGUAUAAAAAUCAAGCAUUUAGGAGAGGGAGAAAUCUUAUCAUCAGAUUUUUUUAACAGAUAUUUUGGAGUAUCAGAAGGAUAUUGGAAGGCAUGCAGCUUUGUUGUUGCAUGUGAUGCUCAUUUUGGAAGUAAAACAGGCAAUAAAAGAAAACCUCAUUGCUUCUUCUAAACACUUUCCUAGGGUGACUAAAGGUUUUGCCAUCAUUCCACCAACAACUAAUGGAAAACCAAUUUUCUUUUGGGAUGCUGGAACCCUGAACUGCAUAAUAAUUACACAAAACAGGUACACCUGAGAAAGACAUUUUCCUGACUCAGAUCAAGCCCAUCCCUUUUGGAGCCCACAAAAAAGAUAAAAAUAAUCAUGAAAGGCAAUCUUCAAUGCAAAUGCAUGAGGAGAAAGUUGAGUGGCUCUCAUUCUCAAGUUUUAUUUUAAAUUAGGAUAAAGUGUGACAAGGUGCAUAACAAUUAAUUUUCUCCAGUGAUGAAUGAGUCAAAACAUCAAAUUUUAUGUCAUCAGCGUAAUCCGGUGCACGGUAGUAAAUAUGGUAAUAGUCAAGGGAAGGAGCUAGGAAGCAAUAUGUCUAGGAUGCAAGCAAAUUUGUGUGUAAUUGUAUUUCUUUUAACAAAAAUGGGAAUGAUAUAUGCAAAAUGUGGGUCUUCCAUAGUAUCUUCUUUGCUAUUCUAUGUUGUUGUUUUUUAAAAAAAGAAUGUCAGUACAUGUUUUGAUGUGAGAUAGCUUCAGUUUCUUGCAGCAAUCUCUAGUGGCCCUUUCUGAUUUUCUCCAGCCUCUUUGUAAUGUAUAACAUCGUAAGGUUCUUUCCACAGUAGUCUUCUCUGGUGCCUUUAGAUAUAUUUCUUAUGACUUGCAUCUAGAUUGCACCUAGUUAGAGUAGGCUCACAAGUGUCCAGGAGAAGCUGCAGUGAUAUCAUGUGCAACAUUACAUCAUCUACUCCCCGUGCACUCUCUAUUGUAAGAGUCUUAUGGCUGGGUUCAAAGUGUUUGAUACCAAUUUUGACUUCCUUUGGAUGACCACAAAAUUUUGAGUGUUCUUUAACUCACUUGAUUCAUGGCUGUCUCUUAUUUUUUUAAAAUCCCAUUUUUUCCUUCUUUUUUGAAUGUUAUUGCCAUAUUCAUUCUGGAAUUUUGUACUGAUUUAUGUGCUUCAGUAAUAGGGUCAAAAACUACUAGUAGAAUUGAUUAUUUAAAUUUAGUUGUGUGGUUUUCCAUUAAUGAUCCAUUUCCAUGCUUGAACAGACUGCAUGUGUAUUAAGUACAAUGCAUUCUCUCUUUUUCUUUCUUUUUCCAGAUCAAAAGCUGAAUAUAUACUUCAGUGUUUUGAUUCACUUUAUUUGUUUGAUUCGUUCUCAGAUUUUUAUUGUGAUAGCGUUUAAAAAAAAAACCCCUAAGUUUAAUAUCUUACCUAGUUUUUUUGUUUCUGUGUAAUGAAAGCCAAACUUUCUGGGUACAUCCAUAUUUGUAAAAUAGAAUACUGUGUGUACAUUGGUUUUAUAUGUAUCACUAUCGUUUAUGUUUUUUGUCUUCUACAAUAUUCUGUCAGAAAUUUCUUGACAGAGUCGUGUUCCCUUAUAGUGGAACUUAAUUUCAAAAGAUCAGAAUAUCUCUCUGACUUUCCUUUGCUGCUUUUUCUUCAUGUAGUUUCUAAAGUGCCAUUACUGAAGUAGAAGUAAUCCAGGAUUCAUCUCAUUCCUUAACCUUUGUUUCUGCAUAAACACUAUAUAUCACUAAUAUUUCUAAGUCAUCCUUAUUUUUAAAUCAUAUAAAUCUUAAAUAGCUUGUUGGCAGUUUUACUUGAAAACUUCUAGGUGCUAAGCUUAAUUUCCAAGGUGUUACUUUUCAUACGCUAAGUAUAAACUGUAUUUGGAAACAGCCUGUCUUCCUUUAUGCCCUCGAUCCAUAGCAACUUAACCCAGGAUGACUUAAUUCAUUUCUGCAGAAAAGUCUUUGCCAGAAUGGAACAUGUACUACCAAAAUAUAGUUUUAAAAAAAUAUUUAAAAGCUACCAAGGCAUAGUUUAAUACCCAGUAGAGAUACUGUAUGCAAAAAAAAAAAAAAACUUGAAAAAGGAAGUUUGAGACUAGAGGCCAUGCAAAUACCAUGGGUGGAUUACUUAGCUGUGAGAAGGAUUAAUAUUUUGAUUGCUUUAUUGGAAAGUGCAUAACCUAUGAGUGGAUAAAUUGACAACAAUGGUUUAUCCUCAGUUCGACCAAAAAAGAAAAGGUAAGCAAAACUAAAAUAGAAAAGAAACCUACCUUCAGAUGUGUUAGUCAAACUGGGUCUCGUCCUAUUCUGUGCAUUUCAGUUGAAGAAAAAUCUAUGGAGACAAUCUUAAAACUCAAAUUGUCUGUUGGCAAAAACAGAAGUUCCAUUUGGACAGUGUUUAAAAAUGCUUCUCUGUGACCACGUAUUAUUUGUUAAGUCUAUCAUUGUGAACUGGAUAAUGUGUGAUUUGUUCAGCUGUUUACAGGAUUUGUACAUCAGUGAUAUGAAAUAAGUUGUGGAGGACAGUUAUAAAAUGACAGUUGCUUCUACUGUUCUUCUCCCUCCCUCCCCCCACUCCUCCUCCUCCUCCUCCUCCUUCCAUUGUCUGUUCACAGAAGCUACAUUUAACCUCUGCCAUACUAUGCAACUAUUCCCUUUUAUGAAGAUAUGAAAAGCUGGUCAUCCUAUGUAACAGCAGACAUUGGCUCUCAUUGGAUAGGAUAUUUGGACAUUAAUAUGAAGUGUGUCUGUUACUAGCACAUCUUAAAACAACCUUCUUCUCUUGAGGAUUUUCUGUCAUGUUGAGAUCCGAACCUUUGGUCAACAGUGCAAAGAUGAAUAUUUACAACUUUGUUGAUAAUAGUUUAUUGUGUGUCAGUCAACAAUUCAUUUCUCACUUCACAUGGCUCAUGCUGUUAAAGAUUUCAUUUCUGGUUUCACAGAAACCCUAUUGGGGCUGAAGAUGAAUAGAAUUUAAUUUUUGUUCAGCAAGAGAAAUAAAUACCCUAGUGCCUUGCUGAAGCUAUUCCACAAAGUGAAUGACAGAAGUCUAGUUUGGUGAAGACUUAAGUCUAAAAAACUUGUUUUUCACUAAUCCAUGCAAAUGUUUCAAGAGAAUCUUAAAAGACCGGCUCCUUGGCUGACAAGACAUGAAGCCUGUCACAAAAGACAGGAAAGAAAUGCCAUGUCUGACUUUUGAUUUCACUGUUUCAGGGUAAAAGUGCAGGUACAUCAUGCACAUUUUCUCCUUGAGAACUCCCUGUGAAUAGGACCUGCUUAUCCCGCUGCUAUUGUGGCCAUUAGAAACGGCAAACCUUUGUGCUGAUGGUUCAUGCACAUCCUCAAUUUCAAAGCCUGAUGUUAGAGAAAUGAAUCAUUGACCUGACACAGUUCUAACUAAUUUUGUUCUUGCAGUUCCUCCCUUGAAUCUUGGGAACUCUGGUUUGUAGCAAUGCAGUGCAAUUUGAAAUACAGUUCCCAUAGUCCUUGGCUUGAGAUCUGGCUCUGAAUCCUUCCACAUUUGUAAUGCACAGGACUUGGUUUUCUUUCUCUGCUUGUUCUUUUAGUUUCUUCAGACAUUUUUGUCAAGUGAGAGAGUGUUGGCACAUCUGAAGGACACGUGCCACGUUCAGUGUAAACUCAAGACAGAACCUGCACAGUGCAAACGCCCCCAACCUUCCAACUUUGGUUUUAAUAGUUGGGAAAAGUUAACAACUAACCUACCUGUGCUAUAUCAGCAAGGGAAAAGCGCCACUCAGCUGCAAGUCUGUGCUUUGCCCCGCAAAUAAAUUGUUAAAAGAAUGUGCAAAUGGCCUCUAGUCUCUUUUCCUAAGGACUGUAUUUCCAAGAAGGAAUUGUUGCUUGAAUCCCUGCAAUGUAUGUACAUGUAUGUGUCUUUAAAAAACAAAAUGCUUGAGGAUGUUAAGCAUCUGUAUCAGGAGUUCAAUCUCUGAGGCAAUAAAUGUCUGACUGUAAUUA